ACAGAGGCCAAAGGGAUGUGCGCCCCCUACUGGCCAACCCCUCUACCAGCACCCUCUGGUGUCCCGUCCAAGGAGAGACCAGCAAGGCUAGGCAGAUAGCCACGUUGCUAAAUGACCUGAGCUAUGGGAGCUAUUUAAAAAAUAUAUACACAUCCACCUGGUGGCGCUAGUCGUAGCGCCUCGUGACGGGCUGUGAUUGGCUGAGAUGGGAUGUGUGUGUGACUCAGUGGUUGUGUCUCCUUGGGUAGAUCGACGACGAGAUCAAUGUGGCCGCCUGUCUGAAGCUGAUGGGCCCUAUGACCCACGGGAACUGUACCGUGACCUGGAGCGGGCACGGUGAAAACAUCAAAAUUGAGGACGUCGUCGAUAUCUGCGCCGCAGUGGCUGUCCCGACGGCCAAUAAAGUUUGGGACGAAAUCAAGCUGGAGAUACACCCUACCAAGCCGGGCGACAAGACGACGCUGAUCGCCAUCCUGGCGUCGUGCGGGGCGCUGCUGGCCAUGAUCAUCGGCCUUGGCAUCUACGCCACGCACCACCGCAAGCCCUACCACGAGAACCAGCAACACCUGACGGAGGAGCUGCACACGGUGGAGAACGGUUACCACGACAACCCCACGCUGGAGGUGAUGGAGGUGCAGCCGGAGAUGCAGGAGAAGAAGGCGCCGCCGUGCAACGAGUUCAACGAUAGCUGGAUCGUUCCCAUGGAGUCCAUGAACAAGGAGGUGCUCCUGGAUGAGGAAGACACUCACCUGUAGGGAGGAGGAGGAGGAGGAGCAUGAGGAGGAGGACACUCACCUCCAGGGAGGAGGAGGAGCAGGAGGAGGAGGAGAGAUAGGACUCAAUGAGAGGAGGAGGAGGAGGAGGAGGAGAGGGAGGUUCCAAACCUCCCAGUGUCUCCCUGAAACACACAGCACACACUCCCCUCGGCCGCCCACUAAGGGUUCUGAGGGUCAGGGUGUCAUAAACCACACAGUCUUUACGACGGCGGCAGUCAUCCAGCAGUACCCCCCCCCCCCCCUCCUUACACCAAAGGACGGUCCUGUUAGCCCAGAACCCGGCCCUAACACCCCCCCAUGGACCCAUCGCCCCUAGUGCCUCACCCGUCUACCGGGUUUUCUACUCAACGUUUCUCACAAAUGAACCCUUUGAAGUACAGAUAGUUUUUACGCAACACCAAACAGUAGGCAGUUCGUUGGCCGUUGAGGUAAACAUCGUUUUUUUAAAGGUGACACGCCCACUUGUGAUGUCAAAAACGGCUAGUAAUGUCUAAUCACGCUCACAC